AUGUCAUCUAGACUUGCAUUGACGGUACUGGGCGUUUCCGCCGCGGUCGGCGUUCUGGCGCAAGGUGGUGGGCAAACCGGCAUUCAAUUUCAGCCCUGCCCGGAGCUGAACGCGAACAUAUCUGCACUGCUGGGCGGUGGAGGCUCAGUCUUUGACUGCGCUACACUUUCGGUACCCCUGGACUACACGGAUCCUGACUCGGGUCCGCUUGACCUCCGGUUAUUCAGAGUCAAUGCCACCCAAGAACCGGUUUUGGGAUCCGUCCUGAUCAAUUUCGGUGGCCCCGGUGGCACGGGCGCGGAGAAUUUACCUACGGUCGCUGAAAUUGCGCAGAGUGUCAUUGGGCCGCAGUGGAAUCUCGUAUCUUGGGACCCUCGUGGAACCGGCUAUACUCUUCCGUUCACCUGCGAUCUUGAUGCCUUGGCCGCGGCCCUGGCUCCGGCUCAGAAGCGCGACGUUGGCACGCUAAUCAGCACCAAUGUGACGGAAGUCUUUCUUAACGUCGGAUGGGACUACGCUGGUCAAAUUGCAGACUACUGCGCUGAACAAUCGAACGAAACAGGAACACUCAUCGGGACAGCAUUUACAGCCCGAGACAUGAUCGAAAUCGUUGACGCCCUCGACGAAGACGGCCUUCUUCGCUACUAUGGUUGGUCGUACGGUACGGCGCUAGGAUCAUACGUUGCUGCCAUGUUUCCCGACCGCGUUGAGCGCAUGGUUCUAGAUGGCAAUUUGAAUCCCCACGACUACCAAGCCGGCCACUAUGGAGAAUUCGCCCACGAUAUCGAUAAGGCUUUCGCUGGCUUCCUCCAGACAUGCUUCGACACCGCCGACAAUUGCGCUCUGUACUCACUUCUUCGGCCGAACACAACACAAGAUCUCCUUGAUGCCAUCAACGCGGUUCUGACACCUCUCGCCGAGAAUGCGACUUCGAGUCUCGAAGGCUAUGUUACCUAUUUGGGGGUUAAGGGGACUUUUAUUGAGCCGCUCUACUACCCUUCUACCUGGCCCACUUUUGCAGAGACGCUCGCCAGCGUCAUGAAUGGGACCGCCAGUGCACCCGCUAAUAUAACUACGCCCGCGCCUUACGGUCUGGCCAAGUAUGCCGUGAUUGGAAUCCGCGCGAGUGACGCCACAUUCAUUGCCAACUCGAGCGACGAAUACCUUCCUCAGGUCAAAUACCAAGCCACCGUCAGCCCCGGCUUCAGCGACGCUUCCUAUUUCAACAUCUGGCCUUCUGCGCGGUGGCGGAUGCACGCCAGGGAGCGAUACUGGGGAGAUUUCCGCGCCACGACCAAAUCCCCGAUCCUGUAUGUGAACGGCGAGUUCGACCCGGUGACGCCGCUUGUCAACGCGUACAAUGGCAGCGUCGGGUUCACGGGAAGUGCGGUGCUGCCCCAUAGCGGCUACGGUCACGGUGUCUUCGUCAGCCCUUCCGAGUGUGUAUCCAGACACGUUCAAGCUUAUUUCCUCAACGGGACGCUUCCCGAGGCGGAUGCACAUUGUGAGCCAGACUUGGACCCCGUCGAGCUAUGGCUGUCGCGGGUCCAGGCGUUAGAAGCGAACUCUACGGCUGGCGGCAACGACACCGACAAUGGGAGUGGAAAUGGUAACGCCACUGCAAACGCGUCCGAGAAUGGAGCGAGCCGACAGAACUCACGCACUGUGUAUACCACGGUGGGGGUGCUGGCAAUAGCAGCUCUGGUUUUGUUGUAA